UGCGGGCGGCAGCUGGGCCGAGGCCCCGUCACGCGGAGCGUGGGUGACUCUGUUUCCAGCCCCAGCCGCGGUGCACUCUGGGAAGCGCCGGCCGCGGUUGGCGGCGCUAGCGGCGGCAGGAGGAGGCGGCACCCGGCGGCGGCACCCGGCGCAAGGUAACAAUGACUUCACCGAAUAAAGCACUAGAGCUACAGCUGCAAAUGAAGCAAAAUGCUGAAGAGCUGCAUGAUUUUGUGAGAGAAUUAGAAAGCUGGGAAAAAGAUAUUAAGCAGAUGGAUUCUGAAUUGAUGAAACAGAGUGGUGCCCCAGAAGAGAAUUUACCACCAAUUCGAAAUGAGGCAUAUAGGAAAAAGAAGAAGAGCAAAGCUAAAGUACCUUCUAAGAAAACAACUGAGGAAAACAAAAAAAACAAGAUAAAAUCUUAUGACUAUGAAGCAUGGGGAAAGCUUGAUGUGGACAAAAUACUUGAAGAACUUGACAAAGAAGAUAGUACCCAUGAUUCCUUAUCUCCAGAAUCGGACUCUGAAGAAGAUGGAAUUCAUAUAGAUGCAGAAAAAGCUCUUGCUGAGAAAGAAAAGGGCAAUAUGUACUUUAAGCAAGAAAAGUAUGAUGAAGCAAUAAAAUGCUACACAAAGGGGAUGAAUGCUGAUCCGUACAAUCCUGUCCUCCCCACAAAUAGAGCAUCUGCUUUCUUUAGAAUUAAAAAGUUUUCUGUUGCCGAAUCUGACUGCAAUUUAGCACUUGCACUAAAUAAGAAUUAUACAAAGGCUUAUUCCAGGAGAGGAGCGGCUCGCUUUGCUUUGCAAAAUCUUGAGGGGGCCAAAGAAGAUUAUGAAAAGGUUUUAGAACUGGAUCCAGAUAACUUUGAGGCAAAAAAUGAACUGCAGAAAAUCGAUCAGGCUCUAACAUCAAAAGAAAAUUCACAACAAAACGAAGCUGAAGAAGUCGGAAAGAAGCUUGAAUUAACAGAAGAAGAAAAAAAGCAAAUAGAAGAGCAGCAGCUCAAGCAGAAGGCUAUUGCGGAGAAAGAUUUGGGAAAUGGAUAUUUCAAAGAGGGAAAAUAUGAAGCAGCAAUUGAAUGUUAUACACGUGGUAUAGCAGCAGAUGGCACCAAUGCACUUCUGCCAGCUAACAGAGCUAUGGCCUAUCUAAAGAUUCAAAAAUAUGAAGAGGCAGAAGCAGAUUGCACACAAGCUGUACUACUAGAUGUUUCCUAUUCUAAAGCUUUUGCCAGAAGAGGGACUGCCAGAUCAGCACUAGGAAAGCUAAAAGAAGCUAUGCAAGAUUUUGAAACAGUUCUGAAGUUGGAACCUGGCAAUAAACAAGCAAUAAAUGAACUAACCAAAAUACAGAGUGAAUUAGUUGAGAAAGGGCUGUGGACUUACCAGGAAUGUCCUGAACCAUCCGCAGAAGAAACAGAAAUACGAAACCUGGUGCAACCCAUUGAUAAACCCUUACAUCUUAGAUCAACUAAACCUUUGAGAAGAAUAUUCAUUGAAGAAGUUGGUGAUGAGAUGCAGGAUGUUGAUGUGCCUAAUACUACUACUCUAGUCAAUAAUUGGAUUAAUUCUACAAGCGUAGAAACAACAAAGAAUCUAAAUCAAGAUGACCUCUUAACCACAUCUGAUACUCCUAGAGCAAAACAGUUGAAAAUAGAAGAAAUCCGUGAUAUACCAGCCUUCCAAUCCCCUACCAAUAUGAAAGAGAUGCCAUCAGCUACACUUCAAUCGUCCAGUCUGAAAAAUCAUCUAGAACAAGAAAAAAUAUUACUUCCUGCAUCUACAUCUGAUGUUCCUGCAAUCCCUGCAAAUUCAUUCCAGCUUGAAUCUGAUUUCAGAAAAUUGAAGGGCUGCCCAGAUAAGAUGUACAUGUACCUAAAGCAAAUAGAGCCUUCGCUUUAUCCAAAGCUGUUCCAAAAAUCCUUAGAUCCAGAUGUAUUUAACCAGAUUUUGAAAAUUCUGCAAGACUUUUACAUUGAGAAAGAGAAACCAUCGCUCAUCCUUGAAAUUCUCCAGAGGCUAUCUGAAUUAAAAAGAUUUGACAUGGCAGUCAUGUUUAUGUCGGACUUGGAGAAAAAAAGUAACUGCACAUGUAUUGUUCAGUCACAUGAACCAGUCCGGAUUGGAAGAUAAUUCUGUUGAAGAGCUGAAGAAGAGAUAUGGUGUUCAGUAUUAAUGGAUUACUGAUGUUACAUAUUUGUAUGUGUAAACUAGUCUGAUUCCGCACCUCUUCUCUGAGCUACUUGUACUGAAUUCAGUGGAAGAGUUAAAUCCAUAAAGUUGCAUUUAUGUAGGUAAAGAAAUCCUUAUACCAGAUAAAACCAAAUGGCAAGUGCCUAGAAAGGAUAAUGGCCUAUGUCCCAGUUCUGCAAUUGUGCCCAUUAUUUAAGAGCCCUGUGGUUCCAGGAGGACUCUCUCCUGGUUUAAGAGUCCGCUUGAGUAGAUUGAGUUGCAGGAUUAAGGCUGACAGUUAUUCAGAAAUAAAGUUAACUAUUUAUAAACAUGUGGGUUUUGGUAAGAAUGAUUUGGUAACUUGAUGAUUAUUAAAAGAUCAGCGUGAAUUUUAUUUUGGGAAAUAAACUUAACAGUGUUUAAUUCAGAAUUGGCUGGUAUAUUUUAUUUUAACGUAAAAUGUACUACUUAAUGAACUUACAUUUCUCAGAUAAGCUAAAUUGUUAUUUAUCUUUAAAUAGAUGUCACGCAGGACAAUAUGAAAACUUCAUCUGAUGCUCUGCAAACUUGGGGUCUGAAGGCCAGUAAAUUCCAAAUUUCUUUAGCUGAGAUUGCCCUAAAGCUGAGUUCUAGGCACUGACAGGUGAGAUGCCCAUUGCAGUAGUACAAAAGGAAUCUCUCUUAAAUAACUAGGUUCCAGACAAUGUAAGAUUUUUUAAAUAGUCACUAAGACCCUGAAUUUCACCUAUGGCUGAAUGAAAAUAUAAAAAAAAAUAUGAAUGAAUAUUGCACCACACAGAGAGCACAAUUCUUAACAGUCCUAUCAAUCUAUCCCCUUUACAAGUUGGUAGCUAUGCAGUAUUUCUUUUGAUCCUUGUUCGAUGGAUGGCCCCAGAUCUUAUUUGCCACGCACUUUCAAUGGGACUUGUGCUCUUAAGUCACUUAGAUGUUUUUGAAAAUCCCAUCCUUUAUCCUAAUGCCUGCACACAAGAGGGCCACAUUCAGGUUGUACAGGCAAACUUAAUUCUGGCAAUUUCUAACUUUUGAGCGCUUGAUUUUUCAACCUCAGUCUGUUUUAAGUUACUUUUUGUAUAAAUCCAGAACAGCUAACAAACCAAUAAAACCUAAGUAGAACAAGAUG